AAAGGAGAACAGAUAGGCCAGUUUAACCUGAUUGACGCACCUUCUCGAAGCUCCCUAUUACAAAAACUAAAAUCCUCCGGCGUCGCGGCGUCACCGUCCUAUCAAGGAACGCCACCAUCGAAGCCCCUAGCCACCGUCGGAGUAGCGGUUUUGUGAGUGUGUUUGGUGUUGUUAGUUGGAUGCAGAUAAGAGAUGCCACCAAAGCAACAGUCAAAAGCCGAUAUAGCGAAGAAGCAGAAGAUCGUCGAAGACAAGACCUUCGGGCUCAAGAACAAAAACAAGAGCAAGAAUGUACAGAAAUAUGUACAGAGUCUCAAGCAAUCUGUACAGCCCAAACCCGACGCUACUAAGGUCGCAGCUAAGAAGAAGAAAGAGGAAGACAAGGCCAAAGAGAAGGAGCUGAACGAUUUGUUCAAGGUUGCUGUUAGCCAGCCCAAAGUUCCUAUUGGUGUUGAUCCCAAGUCUAUAUUGUGCGAGUUCUAUAAAGUGGGGCAGUGUGCUAAAGGUUUCAAAUGCAAAUUCUCCCACGAUUUGAAUGUUCAGAGAAAAGGAGAAAAGAUUGAUAUUUAUAGUGAUAAGCGUGACCAAGAAACGAUGGAGGAUUGGGAUCAAGAGACCUUGGAAAAGGUUGUGGAGUCAAAGAAAACGGAGUAUAAUCAGAACAAACCUACUGAAAUUGUUUGCAAAUACUUUCUGGAAGCUGUGGAGAAGAAACAAUACGGCUGGUUUUGGGUCUGCCCAAAUGGUGGUAAAGAUUGUCAUUAUCGGCAUGCUCUUCCUCCAGGAUAUGUAUUAAAAUCUCAGAUGAAGGCUCUGUUAGAGGAAGAGAGUGAAAAGAUGCCUAUUGAGGAGGAGAUUGAAAAUGAGCGUGCCAAAGUAACGACUUCAACCCCUAUGACUCCUGAGUUAUUCAUGAAAUGGAAGCAAAAGAAGAUAGAAGAGAGAGAUGCUGGUUUGGCUGCACAGAGGGCAGAGAGAGCUAAGAAUGAUCGUAUGAGUGGCCGUGAGCUAUUUUUAUCAGAUGCUAGUAUUUUUGUGGAUGAUGCUGAGGCAUACGAGGAAUAUCAAAGAGAGGAACGACCUGAUGCUCCUGAAGAAAAGGCCAAUGUUAAAUCUUCCACUGAUGGACCAAGUACCUCAGCAACAUCCGUGGGCAAUGUUGAAGAAGAAGAAGAAGAUGAUGAUGAUGAUGAUGAACUGGACAUGGAUGAGUUAAAUGAGCUGGAAGCAAGCCUGGCAAAAACAUCAAUCCAAAUUCAGGAGCCUGGCUGUGUCAAUUAAUUUUGAGAUGCAGAGUAUGCGGUCUACAUGCCUUUUAAAGUGUCGACUUCGUGAUCCUGCUGGAGGAGGAUGUCCUUGACCUGUAACCAAUUGACAAGCUGUUGAUGUGUUUUUGCGAGAUUUUUCAGAAGUCGUGAGCCUUUCCUGUUUUUGGCAAUACCUGUUUACAUGAUACCUUCUAUUUAUGAUAUUAAAUGGGUUUCGAGUUUUAUGCAUGUUUGCACCGUAUGGCUUUUGCAAAUUGUAUCUAGUUUUGACGCUAGUUUCCCCCCUAUUGAAUAAUAUUUAGGCAGAGGAUCAUAAACGUGAUAGUAGGUUGAUAAUUUCUUGAGCAUUGAUGUACAUCAGCGCUACCUUUUGUUUGAAAUCAUGUGAUUUGGCUGA